AGAAGCGCCAAAGAGCCCAAGGCGCUUGCGCGGGCGCGCGCUCCGCCGGUUAAAGUCGGAUCCAGGCCGGAGGCGGCGUCGCGGCGCAUGAAUAUUGAUUACGCAUCUCGACGCUGAGCGCCCGCCCCUCUCGGCUGCCCGACGCUCGCGGCUCGCGCUCGGGCUCGCGAUGGGGAAGAAGUCCCGGGCGGUACCCGGCCGCAGGCCCAUCCUGCAGCUCUCGCCGCCGGGCCCUCGGGGCAGCACGCCGGGCCGGGACCCGGAGCCGGAACCCGACGCCGAGCCGGACUCGACGGCGACGGCUCCCAGCCAGCCAGCCCCGGCGGCGGCGGCGGCGGCGGCGGCGGCGACGGCGACGACAUCGGCCGCAGUGGCUGCCGCCGCGGCCCCGGACGACUCGCCUUCGGAAGGUGAGGAUGAACAGGAAGUGGUGGUGGAGGUUCCCAGAGUUGUUGCCAAUCCUCCAAAACCAGUCAUGACCACCAGACCUACGGCUGUUAAAGCAACAGGCGGUCUGUGCUUACUUGGUGCUUACGCUGACAGUGAUGAUGAUGAGAGUGACAUUUCCGAAAAACCGCCACAAUCCAAAGAGGCAAAUGGAAAUCAGUCAAAUGAUAUCGAUAGUACAUUGGCCAACUUCCUAGCGGAGAUUGAUGCCAUAACAGCUCCUCAGCCUGCAGCUCCUGUGGGAGCUUCUGCUCCACCUCCAACUCCACCUCGACCAGAGCCAAAGGAAGCAUCAGCUUCUGCCCUUUCUUCCACUACUUCAAAUGGAACCGACUCAACCCAAGCAUCAGGGUGGCAGUAUGAUACUCAGUGUUCACUGGCAGGAGUUGGAAUUGAGAUGGGAGAUUGGCAAGAAGUAUGGGAUGAGAACACAGGAUGCUAUUAUUAUUGGAACACACAAACAAAUGAAGUGACUUGGGAGUUACCCCAAUAUCUUGCAACCCAGGUGCAGGGAUUGCAACAUUACCAGCCCAGUUCUGUCCCAGGUGCUGAAGCUACUUUUGUAGUAAAUACGGAUAUAUAUGCUAAGGAGAAAACCAUUUCAGUUUCCAGUAGUAAAAGUGGACCAGUCAUUGCCAAGCGAGAGGUUAAAAAGGAAGUAAAUGAAGGAAUUCAGGCUCUUUCAAAUAGUGAGGAGGAGAAGAAAGGGGUGGCAGCAUCACUACUUGCUCCUUUAUUGCCUGAGGGAAUAAAAGAGGAAGAAGAGAGAUGGAGAAGAAAAGUAAUUUGUAAAGAAGAGCCGGUUUCAGAAGUGAAAGAAACAAGUACAACAAUAGAAGAAGCAGCAACAAUAGUAAAACCACAGGAGAUUAUGUUGGACAGUAUAGAAGACCCUUCUCAGGAAGAUCUUUGCAGUGUUGUCCAAUCUGGAGAGAGUGAGGAGGAAGAAGAACAAGAUACCCUUGAGCUGGAGUUAGUUUUGGAAAGGAAAAAAGCAGAAUUGAGAGCCUUAGAGGAAGGAGAUGGUAGUGUGUCAGGGUCUAGUCCACGUUCUGAUGUCAGCCAGCCAGCAUCUCAAGAUGGAAUGCGUCGACUUAUGUCUAAGAGAGGAAAAUGGAAGAUGUUUGUUCGAGCUACCAGUCCAGAAUCUACCAGCCGGAGUUCUAGCAAAACUGGACGAGAUACUCCAGAAAAUGGAGAAACUGCAAUUGGUGCUGAAAAUUCAGAAAAAAUAGAUGAGAAUUCAGACAAAGAGAUGGAAGUAGAAGAAUCUCCAGAGAAAAUCAAAGUACAAACAGUACCAAAAUCAGAAGAGGAACAGGAUUUGAAAUUUCAGAUUGGAGAACUGGCAAAUACCCUGACAAGUAAAUUUGAAUUCCUAGGCAUAAAUAGACAAUCCAUCUCCAACUUUCAUGUGCUGCUCUUACAGACCGAGACUCGAAUUGCAGACUGGCGAGAAGGGGCGCUUAAUGGAAACUACCUUAAACGAAAACUUCAGGAUGCAGCAGAACAACUAAAACAGUAUGAAAUAAACGCCACUCCUAAAGGCUGGUCCUGCCACUGGGACAGGGAUCAUAGACGAUAUUUCUAUGUAAACGAACAGUCGGGCGAGUCUCAGUGGGAGUUCCCAGAUGGUGAGGAGGAAGAAGAAGAAGGCCAAGGACAAGACAGUAGAGACGAGACUCUUGCUAAACAGACCUUGAAAGACAAAAUGGGCACUGAUUCAAAUUCCACAGAAUCCUCUGAGAAUUCCACAGGUGGGACCAUUUAUCCUGUACUAGUUGGAUGCAUAUGAUUUUAGGGGAAAAGAACUUCAUUAAUUCAUAUC